UGUUGUCGUGGUGCCUGAAUUGCCUUACAAGCAUUCUUCAGCCUCAGCAUUAUAAAACUAGCUGGGGAGAAAUGAGAAUGCCUACGACAAUUCCCAACACUACAUACCUUGUUAUCAUUUGCAUUAAAAGAUUUCUUCCUUUCCCUUUUCCUUUUCCUUUUUCUUGCACUAGAAAUCCAAUUCUAGAGCAAACAAAUGGCUGAAGCACUCAUUUCUGUGCUCAUAGAACAAUUAGCCUCAAUCAUCCAAAAACAAGUACAACAAGAGGUCAGACUAGUUGUGGGUGUUGAGAAAGAAGUGGCAAAACUCACCAGCAAUUUCAAAACUAUUGAAGUUGUGCUCAAUAAUGCAGAGGAGAGGCAAGUGAAGGAGGUGGACGUGAGACAAUGGCUGGAAAGGUUGAAGGAUGUAUCCUACGAGAUGGACGACCUGUUGGACGAGUGGAGUACUGAAAUCCUAAAACAACAAAUUCAGCAACAAGAAGAAGCUGGUAAUGCUAGUAGUACUAGUACUACCAAGAAGGUAUGUUUCUGCAUUCCUGCCCCUUGGUUUUGUUUUGGCCAAGUCAGUCAAGUAACUCUUCGUCGUGACAUUGCUGUGAAGAUAAAAGAACUAAAUGAAAGAUUAGCUCUGAUUGUUAGUGAAAGGCAAAACUAUAACUUUCAAUACACGAAAAGAGAAAUUGAACAAAUUGAACGACAAAAAAGUUCUUCUUUCGUUGAUAAGACAUUUGGUCGAGUCGAUGAAAAGGACAAAGUAGUAGAAAAGUUGUUGAGUGGCAGUGGUCAAGGAGGGGCGACCUGCCUUGUCAUCCCUAUUAUAGGGAUGGGAGGGAUUGGCAAGACAACUUUUGCCCAACUUGCCUAUAAUGAUGAAAAGGUUCAAGCUCAUUUCCACACUAGAAUAUGGGUUUGUGUCUCAGAUCCUUUUGAUGAGAUCAAAAUUGCCAAAGCCAUCAUUGAGGGUCUGAAAAAAGAGACCCCAGCUUCAAAUGAGUUGCACACUCUAAAGUCCAUUAUACAUGAGUCCGUUAAGGGCAAGAAGUUCCUUCUUGUCCUAGAUGAUGUGUGGAACCAAGACUAUUUAAAGUGGGAACAAUUAAAGCUCCCUUUACAAAAUGGGGCUGCGGGUAGUAGAAUAUUGGUGACCACACGAAAAGAGGAAGUUGCGAGGAUGGUGGGAGCAUUCACUGAUAUGGUAAAUUUGGAGGUGUUGAGUGAAGACAAUUGUUGGGCAUUGUUCUAUCACAUUGCACUGUCUGAUAGAGAAAAAAAUGAGUCUAAUGGGUUAGAAUCUAUUGGUAAACAAAUUGUCAAAAAGUGUAAGGGUCUGCCCCUUGCUGCAAAGGCAUUAGGUGGUCUCAUGCGCUGCAAGAAAACGAGGAAAGAAUGGGAAGACGUUUUGAAUAGUAAGAUAUGGGAGGUAGACGAGGUUGAGGAACAAGUUUUCCAACCACUGUUACUAAGUUAUUAUGAUUUGGCCCCGGCAAUCAAACGUUGUCUUUUGCAUUGUGUUAUUUUCCCAAAAGAUUAUAACAUUGUCAAAGAUGAGUUGAUUGAGUUGUGGAUGUCACAAAAUUAUCUUAAUUCAAUUGGAAACAAAGAAAAAGAAGCGGUAGGCGAAAUGUACUUUGAUAACUUAGUAAUGCGCUCUUUCUUUCAAGAAUUUGAGAAAGAUAAUCUUGGUAAUAUAACGGGGUGCAAGAUGCAUGAUGUUGUGCAUGACUUUCUACAAUUUCUAACUAAGAAUGAAUGCUUAGUUUUGGAGGCUGAGGGUGGUAACAAUAAGAGAAUAAUGGAGUUUGAUGGAUAUAAGAAGGUUCGUCAUUUGACAUUAAUGUUUGCACCCAACGGUCCACUAAUUCCAAGUUCCUUGUGCAACUGCAAGAAUUUAUGGACUCUUGCAACUUUUGAUUCAAAGAUUACUAGUUUUGGUCGAGAGUUAAUUUCACAAGUAAAAUGCCUUAGAAUGUUGAAUUUGAGUCAUAACUCCUUGAAAGAAGUUCCAAAUGAGGUUGGAGAAUUGACACAUUUGAGGUAUCUUGAUUUGUCUUAUAAUCAUGAUUUGAUGAAAUUGCCAAACACCAUGUGUAAUUUAAUCAAUCUGCAAACCUUGAGACUCAUUUACUGCGGGGCACUUGAAAUAUUACCUGAAGGCAUGAGAAAGCUGAUUAACUUGCAGCAUCUUCAUGUUUGGGGGUGUCGUAGUCUAAAAUUGCCCAAGGGGAUUGCAAGGUUAACAAGUCUACGAAUGCUAGACGUAGUUUACAUCCAUGGCGAUGAUGGCGUUGAUAACAACAAAGAAGCAUUAUUCGAGUUAAGUGAUUUGAGAAACAUUGACCAACUUCGUGGGAGUUUUUGUAUUUGGUUUGGUACGGAUCUAAAGGACGUGAGGCAGGCCGAGAAAGCGCAUUUGGUGAACAAAAAUUGCCUUGCUACUGUGGCACCACACUUCGGCCCCAUUGGAUGA